ACAUUAUUUUUUUAAAAUAAAGUGUGUGGUUAUUAUUAUUUUGGUCAUACAAUAACAAAUAAUAAAUUUGUAAUUUUUGUGUUGAUUAUAAAAGACUUUUUCAGGUGCCUUUAUAUAAUGAAUAACAACGAUCGAAAGAAACCUUUAAAAGAAAAUAGAAAUAAAAAUUCACAAAAUUCAUCCCAAGAAUCAAAAUCUAUCGAGAAGCAACACAUGCUAACAAAUAUAAAAAGAUAUAAUUCUGGUUCAAAUUGGAACAAGCAUAUUUCUGAAAAUCAUAGUAAUAAUCCUAAAGAAACUGAAUCAAAUAAACAGACUUCUGACAGUUCAACUUCUCAACUGAGUAAGUCGGCGCGUCGUCGUCAACGACGUCAGCAAGAAAUACAACUCACUAUUAAUCAAGCAAACAAUGCGGAAAGCUCAGCACAUGCUCCUGUUGUAAAUAAAGCGGAUCAGAAUGUUUGUAUUAAAGCAAACAAUGUAACUAGAGAAACUAUUGAUGAGAAGUUACUUGUACCAACAAAUAUAAGCAGAAAUGCUGCUGGUUCAAAUUGGGUUAAGCAUUCAUCGGAUAAAGAUGACGAUGUUAAGGAAGUUGUAUUAAAUAAACAAAAUUCGGAGAGUUUGAAUUCACAGCUCAGUAAAUCGGCACGCCAACGUCGGAAACGUCAAGCACAACGUGAACUCUAUGUAGCAAUGGACUGUGAAAUGGUUGGUAUUGGGCCCCAUGGCAAUGAUGAUAUGUUAGCCCGUGUUUCAAUUGUAAAUAAAUCAGGCGAAGUGUUAUUGGAUAAAUAUGUAAAACCACGAGAGAAGGUGGUGGACUAUCGUACUGAAAUAAGUGGAAUAAGACCAACCGAUAUUGAAAAUGGAGAAGAUAUUACUGUUGUACAGGAUGAAGUUAUUGAAAUUUUGCAAGGCAAAAUAUUAGUUGGUCAUGGCAUACGUAAAGAUUUGUCAGUCCUCUACAUAAAACAUCCAUAUAAAAAUAUACGUGACACUUCUCGUUACAGGCCAUUGUCUCGAUUAAUAUCGAAUGGCCGAACACCAUCAUUAAAACGUUUAAGCGAAGAAAUACUUGGUUUAAAAAUUCAAACAGGAGAACACAACUCUAUUGAGGACGCAAGAGCAGCAAUGAACAUAUACAAUCGUUUAAGUCAAGAUUGGGAAAAAUAUAUACAAAAAAGGAAGUACAAAACCAAUUCAUCCCAUUUUUAUUGAAGACUUUGAUACAAUUUUCUAUACUUGCACAUCUUUGUACAUUAUUUAUAUCAAUUCAAUAAAAAAAGUA